CAGAAUUUGACAUUGGAAAAAAUGGGCGGGAUGACACAGCAACUUGAAAAUGUCCAAAACCAGUCGCAGCGGAAAGAUUGUGAGUGCUCAAAAUUGCAGGAGAAAUCUCAGCAGUUACAGAACGAAGUAGAUGAGAUGCGUCGUCAAAAAGCAAGUGUUGAAACACAACUAAGGCAAAUGGAACAGCAAUUGCUUUGGGAAAGAGACCGAGUUGAAGCCCAAAACCAGCGAUUGAGAGAGAUGGAACAAAAACUGGCGCAAAGAGAGAAGAGUUCCUAUGAUUGGAUUAUCAGCCGUAAUGAAGUUCAAGUGACCGAUAAGCGCCUUGGGUCUGGAGGUUGGGGAACGGUUUAUGAGGGCAGAUACUGUGGUUGUGCUGUUGCCGUGAAACAAAUCCACGAAGACUUUGCUCCAGCUUGUAGUCUUAAAAUGUUUCAGCGUGAAAUUGACAUGGCUUCAAAAUGCCGCCAUCCAUGUUUGCUGCAAUUUAUUGGAGCAAUUAUCGACGAGGAUUGUCCUCUCCUGGUGACAGAGCUAAUGGAAACAAGUCUACGGCGACUUUUGAAUAAAAGAUCUCUGUCCAUCGAAGAAGUCUCCAUAAUUUCGCUGGAUGUGGCUCGGGCACUGAACUACCUUCACCAAAAACGACCUGUACCAAUGAUUCAUCGCGACAUUAACAGUGCCAAUGUGUUGUUAUGGCGAAAGGCCGGACGAGAGGCAGGCAUUCAAGAGGCUCAAUGGAGAGGAAAGGUUUCCGAUUAUGGCACUGCCAAAUUUGUGGAACAAGUCAUGACUCAAACUCCUGGAUGUUUGGCGUACAGUGCACCUGAGGCGCGUACAACGACCCAAACAGCGAAGAUGGAUGUCUACAGCUUUGGUGUUCUUCUGUGUGAAAUGUGCAUUCAAGAAUAUCCAGAACCUGACAGGCGUGAUGAGCAAGUCGACAAGAUGUCAAACCGAGCGCUGCAAGAGCUCGUGCGCCAAUGUUUGCAAACGAACCCAAAUGAUAGACCAGAUAUGACAGAAAUCAUUGACAAACUUGAGCAGUUCCAGGAAGUGCUACGGGAGUCUUGUCAUAUUUUUAAAGAGGGGAAUGCUGUGACGUUUCAUCCAGAAUUGUCUCCAAGCAAGGCCUGAGACGAGAUCAAGUAUGGAAGAGAACAUUUUCCAAUGAGAACAACUAUAGUAAGAUUGUAGAUUUAAGCUUUGUUAGCGUGAGGUAAAUGUAGUUUCUCGGUAAUAUUCUAGCAUUCUUUACCAAAAAUUGUAGAUAACGUGGAAAUUCAUCUUAAAAUUCACGGUCAUAACUCUACAUAAUAUUAUAGCACAGGUAUUAAAAAACAUAUCAAAGAGAAAUUGUAGCGAGUUGAAACUGCAAUUUUUGAUUGGCUAUUGUCAAGUGUUCCAAGUGGUAUUGAUGACAAUAUAAUUUCCUUAGUGAGGGGGAUUUAUGAUGAGUAAGCGACAGUCUUCUGUCAUUACCUUUUCGCUUGCUGGAUAAGCUCCAUCUAGUUAAAAGUACUCAACCUUGGGCCUCUCUGCAGAUAUAAUGCUCCCACCUGAUUGAGUGUCCAUUUUAAGUCUUUCUGUGAGAACGUAAGGCGCCCUCGCUCAGAAAGUUGUUGCAGAUACCUUUAAAAUUACAAAAAAAUUAAUGCUCAUAAAACACCCUCGUUCCGGAACCCGCGUUGAAUUUUCCUAGAAAGAUAUUCCUCGGAAAAUUGCAUGCUACCUUUAAAUUAAGGCAGUUUUUUCGUGCAUCACGACAGCAGCAACACUCAGUUUAAGGGCCUGGUUACAUGGUGCGGGCUGGCUCGGUUUUGCCGAGAUCUCGU